AUGACAUUUGAUAUUGAAAAAGUACUUUCCGAGCUCACAACAAAUGAAAAGAUUUCUCUUAUUGCGGCUGAGGAUUUUUGGCACACCACCCCUAUAAAGCGUUUAGACAUUCCCUCUGUCAGAGUUUCAGAUGGUCCAAACGGUAUCAGAGGGACAAAGUUCUUCAACUCAGUCCCGUCAGCCGCAUUUCCGAAUGGCACUGCUCUUGCUUCCACAUUCGAUAAAGAGCUGCUGAAGGAAGUAGGAGCACGUAUGGCUGACGAGGCUAUACAGAAAAACGCUGGUGUUAUUUUGGGGCCCACUAUAAACAUACAGAGAGGCCCCCUGGGCGGUCGAGGAUUCGAAUCGUUUUCCGAGGUUCCUUAUUUAUCAGGUAUUGCUGCGUCAUGUAUUGUUAACGGCAUACAGUCUAGGGGUGUUGCGGCAACAUUAAAGCACUUUGUGUGCAAUGAUCUUGAAGAUCAAAGAAUGUCGUCUAAUUCCAUAGUCACAUGUAGGGCUCUCAGAGAGAUAUAUCUAGAACCAUUUAAAUUAGCCGUUAAAUACUCUGAUCCACAAUGCAUAAUGACUUCAUAUAACAAGGUUAAUGGAGUUCAUUGCUCAAAUAGUAAAAACCUACUAAUUGAUAUCUUAAGGGACGAGUGGAAGUGGGGUGGUAUGGUCAUGAGUGACUGGUUUGGUACUUACUCCGUUGAUAGCAUCAAGAACGGGCUUGAUAUCGAAUUUCCUGGUCCGAGUAAAUGGAGAAGCCUCGAUUUGCUCAAGAGUAAUCUUGAUUCAAAAGCUGGUAUCACAAUAUCCAAUAUUGAUGAUUGCGUAAGACAUGUCUUGAAGUUAGUUCAUUAUGUUUCUGAGAACUCCAAAAAGACUCAAAUAAAAGAUCAUGGUCCCGAAACCACGCUUAACAAUACUGAGCACAUGUCGAAACACCUUCGUAAAGUGGCAAGCGAGUCAAUUGUAUUGCUGAAGAAUGUUGAUGAUAUCCUUCCUUUGAAAAAGGAGAGCUCGGUUGUCGUUAUAGGCCCCAAUGCUAAAGCGAAGUCAUACUCUGGCGGUGGUUCAGCAUCUUUACAGCCUUAUUAUGUCAUCACGCCUUAUGAAGGAAUUUGUGAAAAGAUUGGUAGAAAUGUUGAAUACACUGCUGGCUGUGACUCUAGGAAGACUUUAUCUGGGCUGAUUGAAGCGAUGGUUGUUGACCCAUGUCAACCAGCGGAAGGAGACAACAUUGGUAUAAUUGCACAAUACUUCAUGGAUCCAGCAAAUCAAAGGUCUGCAGAUGUUGAACCUUUCGACACACAUCGUGUUACUCAAUCCUAUGUUACACUUUUCGACUAUACACAUCCAAAUAUUGACCCUAUAAUGCCUUUUUUUUACAUUCAUUUCGAGGGGUUCUUUACUCCUGAAGAAGAUGGAGAGUACAUAUUUGGUGUGCAAGUAUUCGGGACUGCUCUCUUUUACAUAGAUGAUAAGUUAGAAAUUGACAACAAAACACAUCAAACGAAAGGGUCUUUCUGCUUCGGCGCAGGCACACGUGAAGAAACCUGUGAAAAAUACUUAGUGAAAGGUCACCAAUACCGCAUCAGGAUUGAGUAUGGUUCAGGACCCACUUCUUCAGUUGCUGCUGACUUUGGCUACGGUGGGAUACAAGUCGGUUUUGCCAAAAAGCUGAACGCUGACGAAGAAAUAGCAAGGGCGGUCCAAUUGGCAAAGACCAACGACAAUGUCAUACUAUGUAUUGGUCUAAAUGGUGAAUGGGAGUCAGAAGGGUAUGACCGUGAGAAUAUGUCAUUACCUAAGAACAAUGACCGUUUGAUUUCUGCAGUUUUGACUGCUAAUCCUAACACUAUUGUAGUAAACCAAUCUGGUAUGCCAGUAGAGCUUCCGUGGGUUGAUCAAUGCAAAGCUUUGUUGCAGUGCUGGUAUGGAGGGAAUGAGUUAGGAAAUGCAAUCGCCGAUGUUCUGUACGGAGAUGUCGUUCCGAGCGGUAAACUAAGUAUUUCCUGGCCAUACAUGUGCCAUGAUAAUCCUGCAUUUUUAAACUUCAAAACGGAAUCAGGUCGUGUUUUAUAUGGGGAAGAUAUCUACGUUGGUUAUAGAUUUUACGAAAAAGUUCGACGUCAGGUUGCCUUUCCAUUUGGUCAUGGAUUGUCUUAUACUACGUUUCGUUUUGAUGAUUUGAUUGUUUCCAUUGAUGAGACCUUAGACCUUCUUGAAACAUCGCUUAAUGUGACUAAUACAGGGGAUACAAUAGCCGGCAAAGAGGUUAUUCAAGUUUAUGUGUCACAUAAUGAGAGCACAAUCGGGAGACCAAUAAAAGAAUUGAAAGGUUUCCAAAAGGUGUUUUUAAAGCCUAACGAAACAAAAAAAGUGACAAUGAAAUUAUCGCUCAAAGACUCAAUUUCGUACUUCGAUGAAGAGAAGCAGCUGUGGUGUGCCACUGAGGGCAUAUACCAAAUCUUGGUGGGUUCUUCUAGCAAGGAUAUUAAACUGACGGAACGGUUUGAUGUAAAUAAAACAUCAUAUUGGAAGGGGCUGUGA